AUGAUUUUAUUUUAUUUACUUUUUCUAGUAAGAAGUGGGGAAAUCUCACCUUAUCUUAGAAAGCCAAUUGAACCAUCAGUUAAUAAUCAAUUAGAAAUUUCAGAUUAUACCUUUACAUUUACUACAGAGACUGAUAUGUUCAAAGGUGAUUAAUUACUUAUUAAAUUUCCCAGUUAAUAUACUGGUUUCCCAACAGUUAAUACGGACUAUAAAAUUACUCUUUAGAAAUGGAACCCUGAUUUACUUAAAUGGUAUAUACUCUCUGGAAGUAGUUGUUUGUAUAUACCUUAUAAUGCAGGAGAUCAUUCCCCUUCAGUUUUUAAAAUAGGCCUACCUGAUGUUAAAGCAGGUAAUUACAAAGUAACAAUACCAUCAAUUCCUAAUCCUUUAUAUGGAGGAACAGGGAACUUUAAAUUAGAAACUCGUAGAAAUAAUGUUUAUAAGAAGGAUGUAAAUUUAAUUGAUUUUAAUUAUGCAUUUGGAAAAGUUGGAAUAGCAAAGGCAGCAGUUGAUUUAACUUCAAUAAUUACAUUAUACUCUGCUUCUGGAGUAAACUUAAUAAAUAAAGUGACGUUUACAUUUUUAACAAAUAUUAUAAUACCAAAAGAAGGGAGAUUGAGUUUAGAUUUAUCUCAAUCAAUUUUGGCAAUAUCAUAAAGUCAUUACUCAAGCACAACAACUUUAAAAGGUAAUAUCACGAGAGAUGGGAUGAUUUUUUCAAUAAUAGGUUUUGAAGAUGAUUAGGCUGUUGGAUCAUUUGAUUUUGAGAUAUCGGGAAUAAUAAAUCCAAAAUAUUCUGGUAUUCCAGGAUAGUUCACAUUAAGAACGUGGACAAAUAAUACAAAUACAAUAUUGAAUUAAAAGAAGGGAGUAAAUUUACCAUCAAUUACUCCUGGAGUAUUAACAGAUGUGAAAGUAUCUGCUCAUAGUACAUUAAAUGGAUAAACAGAAGUAAUAUCAAUAAAUGAUGUCACAAUAUAUCAAAUAUAAUUUUCCUUAGUAAAUGCAGUUGAAACAACAGGUUAAAUAUAAAUUAAUUGGUUAAGUGGAGGUUUAUUUGAACCAUGUUAUGUAACAGAUGGAUUGUAUGAUUAAAGUGAAAGUAUAUAGGUAAAUUGUAUUCAAGUAGGAAAUCUAUUUACAAUUUCUAACUUUAAAAGAGUUUAACCAAAAACAUAAAUAUUUGUAUAAUUCAAAGCCACAAAUCCAGGAAGCAGUCCUUUAUCAAACUUAGAAAUAAAGACAUAUUAAGAUUCAGCUUCACUAUAAUUAGUUGAUACAUUUUCAGGUGGAACAGGAUUGACAUUGUAAUCAUUCGCAUAAUUUGGAACAUUUGAUAUAACAUUUCCUACAGCAGAUCAUCAAAGAGCAGGAUAAACAGCUACUUGGGUUGUGAAUUGGAAAAAUGGUGUAGUUCCAGCAACAUCAUUUAAAUUAAAAUUAAUAUUUAGUUCAGAUUUUUCAUUUAGUGGUUUAUCAUGCACAGCAGUGAAUGAUGCAGCUGUGACUGAUACUGGUAGUUGUUCAAAUAGUGGAUCAAUAGUGACAUUCACUUUUGGAAAUACAGCAUUUUCAUCAACAAUUGAUAAUUAGUUAACAAUAGUAGGUGUGAAACAUCCUGCAACACCAGGGGAAUAUGUUUUAGGUGUGAAUUUAUUAAACAAUUUAAAUGUUGUUGUUUCAAGAAAGACAGUUUAUUUUUAGGUUCUUCCUUAUAAACUAACAUCGAUAUAAUCUUUUAGAUUAUCAUAAGAUUAAUCUACAAAGACUUUGGUGUAUUUCAAGUUUCCAGCAUUAAAUGAUAUUCCUAGUUCUUAAUGGCAAUCUGAUUAUAGUAUUAUGACUUCAGAGAUUUGGGUUGAAUUUUAGAGUGUAGAUUCAUUUCAUCCAGCACCUGCUAAUUAUUAAUUUUUAACUGACUUAGGAACAGGUUUAACAGAUCAAUCAGAAUUUCCUUGUUAUGGUUAUUCUAAAUUACAACCAUUAAGUGGAAAUUCUGAAAUAAAAUGUACAUUAAAUAAACCAAGUAGUACUCCUGAUCCUGCAAGAGUGAAAGUACAUCAUUACAGAGCAGUAUUAAAAAAUGAUUAAUUUGAAUUACAUUUACCAAACAUUUAGAAUCCUGAAUGUGAAUCUUAUUUGGUUACUGUAGAUGAUUUAUGUAGAUCCACAGCUUCUGUAACAAUAAAGAUUUUAAUGAAAAAGAAUAGAAGAUAAUAUAUUAUGUAUUAAAAUGAGGCUAGUGAUGUAAAUUUAAUAUUUCCUGCAGUUCUACCUAGGAUUGUAGUAAAGAACAAAUAUAAUGAUAAUUUAGUUGGUGGAUUGCCAUCUUAAACAUCUCCAAGAUUUGUACCAUCUAUAAUAAAUGAGUAGUCAAGCAUAUAGAUUAGAUAUGAACCUGGAUCUACAAAACCUUUAAAAUCUGCAGUCGAUACCAGCUAAGGCAUAAUAUUUAUAUUUCCAUAAUUACCUACUACAAAUCCAUAAGCUUAUAUAGUUAAUAAGAAUGUUUAAUGUAGUUUGGGAUUGCUGAUUCAAUUAAAUUGUUAUGCAUAUAGAGAAGUAGGUUGGGUAGUUGUUAUUCCAACUGCUUUGAUAGAUAUUCCAGGAGCAAGUGCUCUUGAUGUUACUUUUUACUUAAAGAAUUUUAUUAAUCCAUACUAUGCAGCUGAUCCAAUAGGAUUUAUUCAGAUUAUUACAAUAAAAGAUAAAUAAUAAUGGGAAAGGAUGAUCUUUUAAGAUUUGUCAAAUUUUAGUCCAGGAUCUGCUAAAUCAGUUUAAGUAACAUCUAGAAGAUACGAAGCAAAUAUGAUUGAUGUAGAAUAUAAUUGGUUGUUUUCAUUUAAUAAUGAUAUACCUGCAGGUGGUAAAAUAUAUUUGAUUUAUGCUGUAAACUUUUACGAUCAUGGUGACAAUGCUGAAGCAGAUAAAACAGAUAAAAAAAUAAUUUUAGAUGUCAAAUAAGGAUUAGAACCUUAGAGUGAUAAAUUUAAAGGCAGUGCAAAUGUAAACAUAUUUAUAGUUGAACAAUUCAAACCUUAUAAAAAAGGAACAGUGAUCAGUAUAAAAAUGACCGGAGUGAAGAAUCCACCAAAAGCUGGAUUAACAAAUUUAUUUGGAGUUUCAUCAUUGACUUAAGAGAAUUAUUUAAUUGAUUCUACAACAGAUGUGACAGCCAUGACAAUUAUUUAAUAAGUACCAAUAGGAGAAAUAAUAUUCAAUUAUUUUAGAAUGUAUCCAGAUAAUGGAUCUCCUCCAGAUUCCAUAUUCCCAGCUACUUAUGAAAUUAGUUUCUAUCCCACUAGAAAUAUUCCCAAAAAGGGCUAAAUCAUUAUAACAUUUCCAUCAGAUUUCUUAGCUACUUCAUAAUGGGUUCCUUCAACUCUUAUACCUAACCUCGCAAUAACACCACUUAAAGAUUAUCCUUACUCUUUUCUGGAUACAAUAACUGAUGAUUCAGACAUUAGAUGUUAUGUCAGUGGAUCAUUAAAAACAAUGGAAGAUUGCACAAUUAAUAGUGAAAAAUUGAUAAUUACAAUUACAUUAGAUACUGAAUUAAGAAUAGAAGCAGGAAUGGAACCAGUAAUUGUUAAAAUAUUGAAUGUUCGUAAUUUCAAUGAAGACAAAAACUCUGGUGUGCUUGUUAUCUAAACUCUCUAUGAUGCUGUUGUACUAGAUGAUAGUGGUACAACAGAAACAAAUAGAAAAGCAAUCUCAGGGUUAUAAGCUACGUUUAUGAACAACACUCAAUAUUCCCUACUAUUUUAUCCAACUACUGAAGGAGUAUAAGCAACUUUUGAAAUUACUCUUAAACCUUCCUUAGAUAUCAAGACUACUGCAACUAUUGUUGUAGAAUUCCCAUAAAUGUUCCCUUAUGGAUUAGGAGGAAGUGUAGGAUGUGAUAUCCCAUUACUUAGUAAAGCAACCAAUGACCCUAUUCAAUGUAGUGUUUCUGCAUGGCAAAUCACAUUAUCUAAUUUAAAGGCUUAUACUCCUAAUACUGAUGGAUUUGUUAUCAUCAUCAAAGGAGUUAGAAAUCCUAAUUAAAUUAUUACUAGUAAUAAUAAGUAAAUCAAGUAAGGUAUUAGAGCAUACAUUAUGUCUAAUGCUACUCAUGCUUAGGAAUUUGUUUCUAAUCUAGGUGCACUUUCAUUCACUUCUGCUGCUUCCAUUCUUUAAUUAUAAUAAUUGUUCAUCACUUCAUCCAACACUAGAGAUUAUGCUGAUUAUACUCUACAAUUACUACCUGAAAUUAAUGGAUCUCCUACCAUGUUAAAACUUGAUUUUUAAAAAGGAUAUUAAAUUGCAGCUCUUUGGAGUGAAAAGAAACUUACUUUGGAUACAAAUUCUUUUGAUGUUCAACCUUCUGGAAAUAGUUUUAGUUUUGAUACUACUUUUGCAGCUGACACAACCAAAACUUUUUAAAUUGUAGUAAAACAAUUACCUAAUCCAUUGGAUGAAGGGAUUUGUCCAGGAUAUCCUGAUUUAUCCCUCUAUGAUGGCAACACUAAAUAAAUCAUUAUGUAAACCUAUUGGAACCUCAUGCAACCUCUAACACCUGACUUCAAACAUGCAGGUAAAUUGAUUAUUAUUGACGAUGACGAUCCUAAUCAUUAUAUUGAGGCUGGAACUUAUACCAAUAAUAUUACCUUGUCUUUAUUACCUUUUGAAGCAGCAACACAAACUAUGCAAAUUAAUCCAUUAUUUGAUGAAGCUUUCAAUGAAAUCUUAACAAUUACUCCUAUGGUAAUAGAAGCUGGUGAUAAGACUGGAUAAUUUCGAAUAGGUAUAGAUACAUCAAUUAGUGUUUUGAGAGUAGUUAUUAAAUUUACACAUGAUGUAAGUGAUUAUAUACCAGUUCGUCCAAUUUAUUUAUGGAUAUAAAGAUAUAAAAGUAAUAUUAAUUAUAAAUUUUAGAUAUUUCAAUUAGUGUUAGUGAUAUAUUUGAAGUUCCAGCCGGAGGGAGAAGUGAUGUAUAAAAUGUUGAGAUGUCAUAUGGAUCAUAUAAACCGAUAAUAUUUUCAUUUUAUCUACUAAAUAACUAACCAAAAUAUUCAGCUGUAUUUCCAAAAACAGUAACUCUUAGUGAUGGUUAGAAAACAGGUUAAUUUUGGGUAUCAUGUGGAAAGGAUACAUAAGGAGCAAUAGGAUAAUUGUUGACAAUAAUAUCAGGAGAUGACAAGUCUACAUUUUAAGUUGCAAAUAGAGUAAGAAAUUUUAGUGUAAUAAAUCCUGAUAUAAAUAUUCCGUUUAUUGUUGUUAAAUAGAUUGUACUUGCUGCGGAUUAAUUGGUUUAAGUUCGUAUAAUUACAAAUGAGCCAUGUACAAUCUAUUUUGCAAUAGUACCUACAUUUAUUCGAGAAAUAACAUUCGAGUAAAUUAAAAAUAAAACUUUACCCUACGAUUACUUUAACUAUCCUUUUAUUUUUGGUGAAUAUGUGUAUGAUUCUCCAACAUUUGAGUAUUUAAUUUUAGUAGAUUCAUUAAAAGUAGCAACAGCAUAUUAAUUUGUGGCCUUUGUUGAAGAUUAUUCUGGAAAUUUAGCAGAGGCUCCUGUAAUUUUAUAAUUCAAUACAACAAACUAUACAGAUCCUCAUUUAGAUUCUCUCACAAUAACAUCCACUCCAUUAGUUUCUGCUGAUUCUAAUACAUCUUUGACUAUAUCAGGACUUUAAGGCAAGAUUCAUGCAAUAGCCCUUAGAAAUCCUUCAUAUAUCUAUGUAAACCAUUUUGCAUCAGAUCCUUCAGUAUUGAGAAGCAGAAGAAUUUUAUAAGAUCCUACAGGUUCAACUACUACUACAACAGAUACAACUACUACUACAACAGAUACAACUAAUGAUUCUACAACUCCAACCACUAACGACUCUACAACAGAUACAACUAAUAAUUCUACAGAUACAACAACAACUAAUAACUCUACAGAUACAACUGAUGAUACUACUAAUGAUACUAAUACAGAUACUGGUAAUAAUGAUAACACUAAUAAUUCCACUGAAACUAUAGAUGUUUUAAGAUCUGAUCCCUAUGUUCCUGAUACCAGUGAUUACACUUGUAAGGUUUUGAGCAUUAAUUAUCUCUCAUAAAUUUGUGAGCCAUUAUCUGACCGUAAAGCCAAUUUCACAAGAAUCGAUUAUUAUGCAUAAUGUUUACUAUUUAAUUUUAUUCUAGAGAUCAUAAUAAGCCCAACUGGAUAAUAAAUUUCUAGAGGAGAAAAUUAUUAAGGAAUUCUUGUUGAACAUUACACGUCUUCAUCUGUAAUUUAAUUUUCUAUUUUUAGGAUGGAACUAUUAAGUUUACUAAUCUUGUUUAAGAUAGUGAUUAUUUUAUCUUUAUAGUUUAAGAAUCCAAUUCAUAAUUUUCAUCUAAACCUCUCAUGGUCAAAGGGACAACAAGAACUUUAUUUGAAUUUUAUGCUCUAAAACUGCUUGUACCGAUAAUUAUUUAUUUUUUAAUUUGAU